AUGCGCCGUACCGCCCUCCAAACCCUUCGCCCGUUCCGCCGCCCCUCCUUCCGCAAAUUCAUCCGCACCCGCAACCUCACCCCGUCAAGCUAUGCGCUGGGCCUCCGCUUCCUGACCUCGCGCCGAGCCGAACGGAUAACUCCCGUCCUCACGUCCGCAAUGCAAAUCCGGAACUUCUCCUAUGCGCUUAUCUCUGCAGCCGUUGCGUCGGGAGCUUGGUAUACCUACCGGGGCACACCUUCUUCGGCGGCAGGCCAAAGCGCUAGUCCCACUACCGGGACGGGUGUAAGUGGACCAGGCGGGCCUGGAGGACAGAGCAGGGGGUUCGCGUCCGCGGGUGCGUACUCAGCGGCUCUGGGCGCAGUUCCGAGUAGCUCGUCAGCAGAGGCAGCAGCAGAGUCGACGCGGCGAGCGUUGGUGGUUGAGCAGGGCCAGCUUUAUACGGGCACGAUUACAGGAGAGGGACCGCUGUCAAAGGAGACAGACGACUACGGGCGCAAGGUGCUAGAGAUGAUGACGCCUGAGCAGGCGACGGAGCGAUUGCGGAAAAAUGAGGAGAGUUGGUUAGUAGGGAGAGGUAGAGGAGUUGUGCGGUAUGACGUCGUGCAAAUACCCAGCAAUGAUCCGAUUGAGGACGAUCAUGCCGAGAAGAUUGUGGAGGUACCUGGGAGCACGGGCAUCGAUAAGGACGGUGGGAGUGACUGGAUGUUUUGGGGCGUCUUCGACGGACACAGCGGCUGGAUCACUUCCGCCAGGUUACGACAGGCUUUGAUCUCCUUCGUUGCCCGAGAACUAAACACAACCUAUGCUGCCUCGACAAAUCCUGCGCUCGCCACCAUUCCAUCCCCGGAAUCUAUCGACAAGGCCAUCAAGCAAGGUUUCAUCAAACUGGACUACGAAAUCUGCCACGAAUCAGUCAACAAGGUCAACGCCGCAAAGUCCAAACGGGUUGCAGCCGAGCUCCUAGCGCCGGCUCUUUCGGGAUCUUGCGCGCUGCUGUCUUUCUAUGACUCCAGGUCGAAGCUCCUGCGUGUAGCUUGCACCGGCGACUCCCGUGCCGUUCUUGGCCGACGUGGCGCGAGCGGAAAGUGGACUGCUACAGCGUUGAGCGUGGAUCAGACGGGUGGCAAUGAGGAUGAGGCGGAGAGGAUGCGUAAAGAGCACCCAGGCGAGCCGAAUGUGGUCAUGAAUGGGCGUGUUCUCGGUGGACUUGAGCCGACCCGGGCUUUUGGCGACGCGAUAUACAAGUGGUCCCUUGAAACGCAGGAGAAGAUCAAGAAGCACUACUUUGGCAGGAGUGCAAGCAGAUUGAUGCGGACGCCGCCAUAUGUGACUGCUGAGCCGGUUAUCACGACCACGAAGGUCGAACCUGAGAAAGGCGAUUUCGUAGUCAUGGCAACGGACGGGCUGUGGGAGAUGUUGACGAACGAGGAGGUUGUGGGUUUGGUAGCCGAAUGGCUGGAGCACCAAUCGAAGCUCCCUUCCAAGUCUUUCGCCUCCGCUUCUGGCUCGCCGACAUCCCACGCAUCAUCGAUGAGCGAAGGCUGGCUGAAAUCUUGGUUCUCACAGCAGAAGGGCAUGACACUGCCGGUGGAGCACCACGAGGGUGAGGACAAGGGAGGACAGCGAGCGCCGAUACGACAGCAGCAGUGGGGUGUUACCGCUAAGGAGAGCGAGAGGUUCGUGGUAGAAGACAGCAACGCAGCAACGCAUCUUGUGAGGAACGCCUUGGGCGGGAAGGAUAGAGAUCAGGUUUGUGCGUUGUUGACGCUGCCAAGUCCAUACUCCAGGCGGUAUCGGUAA